CACGUAUCUCACUACACCGUGCUGGAAAGGUUACUACUGUCCAGAGAGUACAACCCAUGCUAUUGAGUUUGCAUGUCCAGCUGGAACGUAUAACAACCGUACCAUGGCGGAUGAUGCAUUCGACUGCUUGCCUUGCACUGGUGGUAUGUACUGUGAAGGGGAAGCUAACGAGGUACCCACAGCUAAAUGUGAUCCCGGCUGGUAUUGCAGUAGUGGUGCCUUCGCUAAGAGACCCGUCCCUAACGAUAACACAACGGGAGAUUACUCAGUCAGUGAAUGCCCCAUCUACACGUUGAAUAAUACAGGAGAUAUAUGCCCACCUGGUACCUACUGCCCAGAAGGUUCCCAGUACCCCACCCCAUGUCCGAAAGGUAAAUUCUGCGAGGGGUACGCAAACGAGAUCUACGAUGGAUCCUGCACCGCUGGUUUCUUCUGCAACGGCAGUGCGUCAGUCACUGAUCCGGUACCCUGUAGUAAGGGACACUAUUGUCCUGAAGGAACUGAGGUGGAGGAACCAUGCGAACCAGGGACAUAUUCAGACCGAGAGGAGAAUACCAACAUAUCUUACUGUCUGAGUUGUACACCAGGCAUGUAUUGCGAGGAAUGGGGUAUGGAACUCCCAAGCGCGGAAUGUUCCAGAGGGUACUACUGCCCCGGCGGUCAAGAUGCCUUCAAGCCUGUUGAUCUCGCCUGUAGCCCUGGUCAUUUCUGCGAGGUUGGGAGCUGGAACCAGACCGGGUGUCCAAGUGGAUGGUAUCAGCAGCACUGGGGACGGUAUGAUUGCAACCUCUGUCCCAAAGGAGCAUACUGCAGGGCUUAUGCCGAUUAUGAACUUCUAGACGAUGAAAACGUCACCUUGAGCGGGAAUUUCUCCGGUCGUUACCGUAGCUAUCGAGGAGUAUCCGAUCCUGAGAUCUGCCCCCCUGGUUCGUACUGCCCAUCGGGCACGAUGCACGAGACAGAGUAUCUAUGCCCUGAAGGCACCUAUAGUAAUAGCACUGGGCUGCAUAAUGCUACGCAGUGCACGCUGUGUGAUCCAGGGAUGUAUUGUCCGGGUCAAGGAAACACCUACUCCUACGCGCCAUGCACAGCAGGUUAUUUCUGUACCUCCGGCGCCGCUUCUUCAACACCCACUGAUGGCGUCACCGGUAACAUCUGUCCUGCGGGUAAAUACUGCCCUCAAGGGAGUAUCGCUGGUGAGCCGUGUCCGAAAGGAACAUUUAGUAAUGAGUUGGAGCUGAUGAAUGCCGGGCAGUGCCAGAACUGCACUGGGGGUUACUACUGCGACCGCUCUGGGCUGAAAGCUGAGACUGGGGAGUGUUGGGCCGGUCAUUACUGUUCUGAUUCUUCGGAGGAGGCCGGACCGGUCAACCAGCCUUAUGGUGACCUCUGCUGGCAAGGUCACUACUGCCCUAAUGGUACGGCCUACCCAGAGACAUGUCCACCAGGAACCUAUCUUGACGCUGAGGGACAGGGCGAUGUUAGUGACUGUAUAUCUUGCAGACCAGGUUACUAUUGCGACCAGCCUGGCCAAACCAACGUAACAGCAGAAUGCGACGCAGGUUAUUUCUGUAGUCUAAGAGCCAAUAACAGCGCACCAACCGAUGGUGUCACAGGUGAUAGAUGUUGGGUCGGUCAUUACUGUGAGGUCGGCUCUUCCCACCCAACCCCCUGCACCAAUGGAACCUACUACAACAAGACUGGUGCUGAGGAAUGUGACAUCUGCCCAGCCGGCUACCAGUGCAUACACGGUGAUACAGCAGACCCCUGCCCCCAGGGGUACUACUGCCCAACGGGGACUGGGUAUGGCCUCAGACUAUGCCCAACUGGGUAUUAUGGAAACCGUGAAGGGUUACGUCAAGAGGAUGAAUGCACUCCUUGUACAGGUGGUCACUUUUGCGCUACCCCUGGCCAAGCAGUCGAAGAUGGUGAAUGCUCCCCAGGUCACUACUGCGAGCUAGGCGUAGACACCCAGACCCCAACGGCAUCAGACGGCCACAAAGGCAUCGGGGGAAUCUGUCCAGCUGGAAGCUACUGCCCAACCGGUACCGUCACCCCACAUGAGUGCGACGCAGGGUCAUUCACAGCCUCGGAAGGUCAAAGUUCAUGCUCGCCAUGCACCGCUGGGUACUAUUGCCCGGCGAAUACUAGCGACCCGACGAUGUACCCGUGCUCAGCGGGUUACUACUGCCCUCUGGAGACGGGUUACGAGACUGAGUUCCCCUGCCCAGAAGGAACGUACAACUCACUCACCCUUCAGCAGAAUGGAACCUCCUGUGAACUUUGCACCCCUGGUAUGUACUGUGAGGGUGAAGGAUUGGACCAGCCCACUGGUAACUGCAGUGAGGGGUGGUUCUGUACUGGAGGGGCAGUCACUUCUACACCUUUACCGACUGGUAAUGCCUCAGUGAUAUCUGACUGUAGUUGUCCUGCCGCCAACUACACUGGUAAUAAGUGUUAUCCAGGGACAUAUUGUCCAGCGGGCUCCGUGGCUCCGGUGGACUGUACUGCAGGGUGGUAUUGUGACGAUCAUGAACUUGCUACCCCAAAAGCAAUGUGUAAUGCCGGUUACUACUGCCCAGGGGGUAACGAUGGACCUGAACCCCCCGGUAUGGAAUGCCCACCUGGGUACUACUGUGAGACCGGUGUUGGGUAUCCUAUAGCCUGCCCUAAUGGCACCUUCUCAAACACAUCCAAGAAUACUGAGCUUAGUAACUGUCUGUCUUGCACACCAGGAUCUUACUGCGCCGGUGAGCAUUUAUGCAAACCAUCAUCUUUAUGUGGAGAAGGGUACUAUUGCCCUGGUGGUCAGAUUACUGACAAGCCGCUAGAGUACGUCUGCUGGCAAGGGUUCCGCUGUCCAGUUGGAUCACCAAUACCUGAGCUAUGCCCAAGAGGUACCUACCAAUCCGAAGAAGGUCAAGGGUCAUGUAAGGUAUGCCUAGAGGGCACCUACUGUGACCCAUUCGAGCUUGGCAACGUGACGGGGGUCAUCUCUCCACCAGACUGCAUUCCUGGUCACUACUGUCCUAAUGGAACUGAGUUUGCUCAACAGAAUAAAUGUCCCAUCGGUACAUACUCCAAUAAGACUGCUCUGGCUAGAGAGGACCAAUGUGAUGAUUGUGACUUUGGCUGGUACUGUGACAAUGAGGGCCUGACUGCACCGACAGCCCAAUGCCAAGCAGGUUACUACUGCCAGAGAGGAGCGCAGAAACCAGACCCAGAGGAUGGCUUUACCGGAGACAUCUGCCCAAUGGGGUCAUUCUGCGUCGAGGGAUCAGCGACCAGCGAGGAUUGCCCCAUCGGUAGCUACGGCAACGACACAGGUCUCAAGACCUCUUCAGAGUGCCCGCUAUGUGACCCUGGCUGGUUCUGUCCCACCACUGGCCUAACAUCUCCCGGUACACCUUGCUUUGCUGGGUUCUACUGCACUCUCGGGGCGACCAAUGGUAACCCAGAUGGUGAAGCCUUUGGGUAUAAGUGCCCAGAGGGCCACUACUGCCCCACUGGUACCCCUGUACCUGUUCCCUGUGUGCCUGGGACAUACAAUCCUGAUGUUGGCAAGGAUGAUCAAAGUGACUGCAAAGCUUGCGAUGGAGGUUACUACUGUCAGUACGAUGGUCAACCCAACGUCACGGCGAUGUGCAACGAAGGAUUCUAUUGUUCCGGCAACGCAAGCAUUCCAAAUCCUGAAGAUGGAGUAACUGGUGAUAUCUGCCCCAUCGGUCACUACUGCCCCAAAGGAAUCGACCGACCCUUACCCUGCCUCAAUGCAACUUACAUGAACCGCACUGGUGCCGCUGAAUGCUUAGACUGCCCAGCGGGUAGCUACUGUACACAGGGUGACCGUCCAGAUCCAUGCCCAGCUGGGUACUAUUGCCCAAUGGGUACCGGGUUUGAUACCCGACCAUGCCCUGAGGGUACUUAUGGAGCAUCGGAGAGUUUGAGAACGGAGAGUGAAUGUUCAGCAUGUACUGGAGGGAGUUAUUGUGAUACACCGGGGAUGGAUUCAGUCACUGCAGAUUGCGAUCCAGGUUUCUUCUGUCUGUCUGGCGUUGAUGUCCGCACCCCGAAUGGAAUUGACAACUUGGGUUUUGGUGGGAUAUGUCAAGCUGGAUAUAAAUGCCCUCAGGGUUCGGCAGCUGAGAUUCCGUGCUACGCCGGAUCAUACGCUGGUCAAGCUCAGAUGGAUGAUUGCGACAUCUGUCCUGAAGGCAAAUACUGUGAGAAUAUAACGGUGGUUCCGUCAGACUGUCCAGCGGGUCAUUAUUGUCCAGAUGGGACUGAGUUUAGUGACCAGUAUCCAUGCCAACCUGGCACCUACAACAAUGCCACAGGUCAAGGUAACGUGACAAGCUGUAAAUACUGCCCACCUGGGUGGUUCUGUGAAUCAGCAGGCCUCGUUGAGCCAUCAGGACAAUGUGAUCCAGGAUUCUAUUGUAACGGAGGAUCUGAUGAGAAGAGACCAUUUGACGAAGGGGAACUCGUCUCACUACCAACAUCAGGAUACCUGUUUCCAAAUGACACCUGUCACCCAACGUUUGACUGUGUGUGCCCAGCGUUUGAUAUGAGCACAGGGGGUCUGUGUGGACCUGGGUACUACUGCCCAAUAGGGUCUCCUGCAGCCCAGAACUGCAGAGGAGGGAUGUACUGCGAGACACCCGGCCUGGAGGAACCUACGGGAAACUGCUCGGCUGGUUUCUACUGUAACCACACCAGCACCGUACCAGACCAAUACAUCUGCCCCGCUGGGCACUACUGCGAGGUCGGGACAGCCGUCCCAACGCCCUGCCCCGAGGGAAUGUUCAGCCGCACAGAGAUGAAUACAGGUCUCAACAACUGUGAGAAUUGCACAGCUGGAUCUUACUGUGAAGGUGAAGGUAACGUGGAACCUGACGCAGAGUGCACCAUGGGAUACUACUGCCCUGGAGGUCAAACCUCAGCGACCCCAUCUGACCUGAAAUGCCCUCGAGGUUACUCAUGCCCUCAGGGGUCAUGGGAGCCUCAGCUUUGUGAUAACGGUACCUACCAGGGGCAGUUAGCGCAGGGUGAAUGUGAUAUAUGCCCUGGGGGCUCAUAUUGUGACCCCUACGAAGUUGGACCGGUCAUCAACCCCUCCAACUGCCCACAGGGGUACUACUGCCCCCCUGGUACCCGUGAGAACACUACCAACCCUUGUCCAGAGGGAACCUAUGGGGAGACCAUUGGGUAUGAUAUCAUUGAUGACUGCGUUCAAUGCCCUGAGAGAUACUACUGCGGGACACCUGCACUCCAGGCACCCACAGCGGAAUGCUAUGCUGGGUAUUAUUGCACUAGUGGUUCCUCUAGCCCAACGCCGUAUGAUGACAUGGUGGACCCUGAUAACAACUCCACAUUCACCGGUAACGAUGUCUGCCCUAUCGGCUACUUCUGCACCAAUGGCACAGCUUACCCAGAACCAUGUCCUCCCGGAACGUUCUCUACCAAUACACGGGUUACGUCAGUCGACGGCUGUGAAGACUGCCCACGAGGGCGCUAUUGUAAUAUGCAAGGUUUUGUCAAGGUGGACUCUGCACCAGAUUGCGCUCCUGGCUAUGUCUGUACAGGAGGCAGUACAACCCCAACACCCGCGGCAGACUCUGGUAAGGGCUACCCAUGCCCAGCCGGUCACUAUUGCCCAGAGGGUACCCUAAGUGAGCUUGGAUGUCCAGUGGGGACAUACCAGAGUAACACCGGUCAAUCCAACUGCACCCUGUGUCCUGAUGGUCUGAUGUGUGAAACGGUCAACUUGACCGCUCCUUCCGAGUGCAAAACAGGUCACUACUGCCAAGAGGGUUCCCCUCUUCCAAUCCCUUGCCCACCAGGAACGUUCAACAACAUUACCUCAUUGAGUCUGGAGGAACAGUGUACAGACUGCAUACCUGGAAUGUACUGUGAGGGACCUGGUAACAGCUACCCAACUGGUCUCUGUAACGCAGGAUAUUACUGCCAAGGUAGAGCAGAGACAAAGAUUCCUGUAGCCACCAUAGACUAUCCAGAGAAUGGUCCGUGCCCUGCUGGGUUCUACUGUGAUGAAGGAAUACCAGCCCCAACACAGUGCCCUGUGGGCACAGUCCGUAGAGUAGAGGGAGCCUCGUCAAUCGAUGACUGCUCGCCAUGUCCAGGAGGUUUCUACUGCGAGGACCCUGGUCAGAUCGACCCCACCGGUCCUUGCAGCGCCGGCUUCUACUGCCCCGCUAACGAGUCCAUAACCAACCCAGCACCAAUCGGACUGGAGUGUCCAAUCGGUCACUACUGCACCAACCAGACCACUACGCCAACACCAUGCUCAGUGGGGACAUACCAACCUAAUAUUGGGAGGGACUCGUGUAUUGACUGCCAGGCUGGGUUCUAUUGUGAGAGUGCUCUGUUUCCGGACCCCAAGCCGUGCCCGGCAUAUCACUAUUGCCCUGCAGCAACAAGGUACCCUAUCACUUGCGCCAACGGCACCUUCACGUAUGACACUGAUGAAGGUUUGAAGGAGCAAUAUGAAUGUCUACCGUGCUUAGCAGGAAGCUACUGUAGGGGUGGUCAACUUCAAGGUAACUGUUCUGAGGGCUACUUCUGUCUGAGCCAGAGCUACGAUUACACCCCCGAUGGUCUCCUACCAGACGUGGAUAACUUUGACGAGGCCCAGUGCCCACCGAACACAACCUGUGCCGGCCCCUGUCCUCCUGGUCACUACUGCCCGGCUGGGAUUGUGGACCCUGUACCCUGUAAGAAUAAUACCUGGAGACCGGAUGAGUUUGGGAGCAGAGUGGAGGAUUGUGAACCUUGCCCGGCUGGAGAACACUGCUUAGAGGGAGACCCCAUCUUGUACCCAUGUCCACUUGGUCAUUAUUGCGAGGAAGGUAUUGGUCCAGUAGAGUGCCCCAUCUAUCAUUAUAGAGACGUUGUAGGAGCAGCUAGUGAAGGAGACUGCUAUAACUGUAAGGCUGGGUUCUACUGCCAAGAAACGGGAAUGACCAAUUCCUCCUUUUUGCCUUGCUACGAGGGUCACUACUGCGAAGAGGGUACCACUGAACCCCAGCCGUGUACCGGUGGUCGCAUGAGUACCACUACAGGACGCGUCAGCAAUGAAGACUGUCCUCUAUGUACACCGGGAUACUACUGUCCGAAUGAUACGAUUAAUAUACAUGGGAUACCGUGCAGACCUACUUAUGAAUGCCCAGAAGGAGCUGCAAUAGAAGUCACCUGCCGUCCUGGUCACUACUGUGAAGGUGUGACCGGUGACCCCCCUCUAUGCCCUGGUGGGAACUACUGCCCACUUGGCUCUAGCGCCUACACCCAGUGUUUCUACCCCAAGUAUUGCCCAGAGGGUAGCGAGGUACCCCUAGAGUGCCCAUUGGGUAGUCGGGCGAUGAAUCAUGCUGGGUUACGAGUCUACUCUAACGAGAGCUGUAAUCUGUGCCCGGCUGGGACAUAUGGGAACCACACGGAGCGCUUUGAAUGUGCACAGUGUAUUGAAGGAUACUAUUGUCCUAUAGGUACUGGAAACCCUGAGAACUUCCCUUGCCCCAUCGGGUACUACUGCCCCGCUGGGUCUGGUGAACCAUUCCCCUGCCCGGCCGGGUUAUACGGUAACAUCAUCAAGGCAAUAAGAUCAGAUCAAUGUCAACCAUGCCCAGCUAACACCUUCAAUAAUAUGCUGGGACAGAAGGCAUGUCGACCGUGUGGAAGCUCAGCAGCCGCACAAGAAGGGAGUGUAACCUGUGAUUGUACAGGUAAAUAUCGCUCCUUCCAGACCACCAGUGGAUCCUGUGUGUGCUGGUCUGGGUAUGUCUUCUACAACGAAGUCGACCUAUCGGAAACUGAAGGCAACAAUGAUGGAGAUUGCCAGCUUAAGGUGGAUGACCGUUGUGAGUUAAGCCAGGCGCGUGACGCCAGUGAACGCAAAUGUGUGGAUCCGGGUACUUAUGACUGUACAGUGAUGUGUGGAGCUGAUGAUGGAACCUUUGAUGUGGAUCUUGGAAGAUGCACCUGUAAUACUUACAUAGCUCCAGAGGAGAUUUGUGACUCUAGCUGUGAGCAGACCAAACCAACAGUACAGGGAAGUCUGAGUUCAUCUGGACAGCUCGUUGUUACUAGUACAGCUAAUGAUGGCAGUGGAGACACAAUAACCAUGCCUGUUCCCAACGUGAUUGGUCCGAGCGUCCACACCUCAGGAACUAAAGACAUCCAGAUUGUUUCAUUCGAGUCUACUGGAGCCAUGGGUCAUAUCGUAUCAGAUAUGGCUGAUCUACAACAGCUAAUCCUUGAUGAUUCUGAGGAUGUCACAGCCAUACCAACAAUCUCCUCAAACCGACGACGACGUCGCCUCCUAGCCGAGACCCCAACCACAGUACCAGGUAUCCCCAAUCCCAUCAUCUGCCUGGCCCUUGAGGACAUGAUGAUCUUCCGUGUCGCAAUCAACUCCAUCAACCGAAACCAAAGCAACUAUCCAGUCUACCAGAAGGAUCAUCUCUUCAACACUAACCCGACAUACGACUACAGCGAGUUCCGGGACUUACAAUUCUACGUGGAGAAUACCGCUGUGGCUAUCUCAGCGUUUGCGCACGUCUUUACGGAGUCUGGGCAGUACGUGUUUGCGGAUGCACAGGAGGCGCAGUGGGAGGUGAUUGUUUCCGUGCAAGCUCCUGGGGCUGCGUGUGAUACGACGCAGUCUGUAGUCCAGCCUUCAACCGCAGCUAAUCUGGCUAUUCAGAAUGUCAAGAAACUGGAAGCUCAGAAUGAGGAACCAGACUGGGGUCUGAUUAUCGGUAUGCUGUCAUUCUUAGCUGCUUGUAUCAUCAUGCUGGUGAUCGCAGUCAUUGUCUGGCGCCCUCGCAGUGCUGGUAUCUACCCGCUCAAGAUGUGGAAACCAAAGUACCGCGCUCUUGGGGCCCCACCCAGGAUCCCGCCAUACCUACAGUAUCAAGAUACAGACAGAGAGGCUCUUCUUCUCGGUCCUCGCAUCGUUGAGGGCGCCGAGUCAACUGUCCGCUCUGAGAAGGGUGAACUUGAAGACUUCAACGUCCGCACUCUGUACGACAAGCUAGAGGAUCAGACGUUGUAUCUCGCUCAGCAGCUGACCAGACAACAAGAAGACUUGAGAGGGUUCUAUGAAAGGAUGAGCCAACAGACGGACGGACUAAAGGGUCUCUUGCUUAGCCUGGACAUGUCCAAGCUGGAAAAGAUUGAGAAGGAACGUGCAAGGAAAGCUGAGCGUGAAGGAUACCAGGCUAGUGGUGACACCACAAACAUAGUCAACACAAACAGACAGUACAACUUCACAGCCACUGGAGCAUCCUCUCGUGAGAAUGAACUGAUGGAAGCUCUAGGAGUCCUCUUAGAGCAUCUCAACACCGGCAAGAUUCCCCUCAGCCCCGAGAUGCUUCAGCAGGCAGGGCUCGGUCCCGCUGGAGGCGUGGCCAGUAUGGGCGUGGUCAGUGGGAAGGGCGCGGCUGUGGAUGGUCUCCUGAAGAGGCAGAAUAAGGAGCGGAUGCAGCUGAGUAACGAUCUGAGGAGUAAGGAGGAGGAGGAGAUUAAUGGUUCACUAACUGACUUUGAUAAGAAACGUCAGAAGUUAAUCUCAGACCUAUCCUGCAAGCUAGCCUCUAAGCUGGACGGAGCCGAUACCCAGCAAGAGAUCGAUAAGAUCAUGUCAUCUCACGAGAAGGAGAUGUCGAGGGCGCUAGAUAAGUUUGAUUCGGCCAAACAGAGACAGGUUGAAGAUCUUAGGAAGAGGCUUGCUGAGAAGCGACAGGUUGCUGAGGCUAACAUGAAGAGCAGGCACCAACAAGAGGCAAGCGAUGCGGGUAUCACCCUAACCCAAGAGGAUAGCUCAGACGCAGCGGGAAUCCUCAAGGAGCAAGAGCUUGAGAUAGACACCAUACUGGCUGAUGAAGCCUUAGCCAGAGCCAAGGCUCAAGCCUCACAGAAUCGAGAAUUAGCCAUCGAGCAACAACAUAAGAUGUCUGAGAACCUGACUGCAGCCAUUGAGAGUCUAGCUUCUACUGGCGUCCUGACCGCCGAGUCCACCCAGGACAUCGUGAAGGACCAGGCAGACAUGGAGAAGGCUUUGGAGGAUCGGAUGAGCAAACGUCGAUCUCAGCUGACUUCGAAUAUGAAGCAGAGGAUGGCCGAAAAGAGACGCAAGAAACUCCGUAAGCUGAAGGACGAUCAUAAGGACCAAAUGGAUGCUUCGUCCCAAACAGAGGCAGGAUACCAAGAUGCGGAUAAGUUGGGACCACUUGCUGAUCCAGAAGCCAUUAAGGAGCUCGAGGAGAGGCAACGUAAAGAGGUCGACGCCCUGGAAUCUAAGCUAGAGGCGGAAGAAGCUGAACAGAUCAAAGAGAUCGAGAGACAAGUCAAUGAGGAAUACACCAAGGAUAUGAAGAAGGGACAUCGAGACAUCUUAGAAAAUGUCUCAAAGAAUCACGAUGUGGAUCAGGUACUCCAGCAGCAGCUAAUGGACCAGCUCCGUCGCACCAACGAGAACAUCGCCUACGACCUCAACAUUCAGAAAGAUCGCCACGAGUCAGACCUGAACGCUAAGCUGGACGCUCGACGGGAAAGGAAGAAGAUGGAAGCAAGGCGUGUCGCCCAAGAGGUUGCCGCUAAGAGGCUUCUUGCUGAACAGGCCAAGCAGAUGGAUAAGAUGAAUGAAGGGAAGCUAGUUGAAGGCCUUCAGAGUCUCUCGCCCGCUGAGAUUGCUGAUCUGAGUCUUGAAGAACAGUCUGUCAUCCGUGAGCACCAACGCAUCCAAGAAGAUUUGAAGAUCCGUCAGAAGGAAGACCGAGAGCAGCUCGCAGAGAAACUGACUGACGAGACCCGAAAGAAAGAGGAGGGAGAAGGGAAACAGUUUGAGAGAGAGAGAACAAAGCUCUUGAGUGAGAAGAGAAACAAACAAGCUGCUGAACUAGCGGCAAGGAGAGGAGACAUGUCUGAUGAAGAGGCUGGACAGCUCCUCGCAUCCCACGCUCGUGAGCUUGAAGAACUAGAAGAUCGCAUCGAGAAUGACCGCGCCAGGGCACUACUCACUGCUCGUGAGAAACUUGCAGAGCGCCGUCGUCGUCUCCUGAAUGAGCAGAAACGCAAACAGGGCGUGGAGAUGGCACGGGAGCUCCUUGAGCAGAAGAAGGAACUAGCUGAGGUCAAGUCCGAGGUCGUUAAGAAGGUUGAGCAUGAUGCCAUGCUGGAGGGAAUUCAGAGUCAAGGAGCGGAGAAUACUGAGAAGGUUAUCCGAGCGGUUCUGGAUAAGCGCCAAGCACAAGAGCUCAACGAUCUUGACGCUCAAUUCGGUGCCGAGCGCCAAGUCGCCAUCGAGGGUGCCCUAACCAAGCUAAAUGACAAAUACCAUGGAAAGCGUGAGUCCAUGCUCCAGCGGCACGAGAGGGAGUUAUCGGACCUGAGCAAGAAGGACCUAAGCCCAGACGAGAUGGAGCAGAAGAAAGCUGCGUUGUUGAAUCAACAGCAGCUUGAGCUGAGUAAACUGGAGAGAGAGUUUGCCCAAGAGAAGAGAGAUAUAGAGCAAGGGGCCUUGGCGGAUUGGGAGCUCCGAUACGCUCGCAGUAAGCUGUCUAUGAAGGAGAGACACUAUCAGGAAUACGCUGAUGCCUUGAGAGAUUUGAGUGGAGACCAAGCCAAUCAGAUGGUGAGUGCAGAACAAGCAGCUAAGGCUGCUCAGGAGCUUGAAGAUGUCCGUCAGAGAUUGGAGAAAGAGAGAGAAGCCAACGAGGAGAAAAUCAAGAAAGAACGAGAAGACUUUGAAGCAGCUGAGAAGGUUCGGAUGGCCCAGGAGCUGUCUGAGUUUGACAGUCAACUCUCAGAUGAAGAAAAGAAAGAAAAGGAAAGAAACGCUAAGAGACUCGCUGCUCUGAAUAAACGCAAAGAGGAAAUGGUUAAGGAAAAACAACAGAAACACAAGGAGAAACUGGAGGCACUUCAGAAGAGUGGAGGCAGCAAGGAGGAUCAGGAGAAAUUGAUUGAAGAGUAUGAAAGAGAUCUUUCUAAGAUGAAAAAUAAGAUGGAUGCUGACCGGGUACGCAUGCAGAGUGACCUCCAGGAUCGUCUAAAGAAGAGACGUGAGGAACGACGCAAAGCAAAGGAGGAAGAUCUCGUUAAUCAGAAGGAGGAAAAUAGGCAGGAGCAUGAGGAGCAAAUCAAACAAGAGGAGGAACAGAUGAGAACAAACGAGGUCAUAGCCUUGAAGGAGUGUGUCGACACAGACCAUCUACUCUCUGAGGGAGUCACCCCUGGCAUCACGUAUGAGAGCACCCAAGGAAAUGCAGCCUUCCCAUCCGGUUAUUCAUCGGUGGCACCGCUAAGUGACGCUGACUUGGCUGCUCUUCUCAUGGCAUCUCCUCUCUAUAAGAAACUAGAAGACAUUAAGAAGACGAUGGAUGAUGCAGAUCUGCCUCCAAAGAAAAGAGGACAAGAUGAACCAUUCGUUGACGAUCACGAUGCCGCUUGGACCCAAGACACGGAGCUCCUCCCCAUCGACCUCAGCAAACUCAAUGCUCGUAACUUCAUCAUCUAUAAGUUUGGCUGCUUCGUCAUUAAGCUAGUGGCUACCAACUGCUCUCAUAAUCCUGUCACCCUCCUACUGGCGGACAAGAUACCCGUUAACGACAAACUAGCGAGGAACGCUUACCGUAACUCGUAUCACUACGAUGACGCAAACCGUAUCCUGUACGUUCGUCAGGCCAGGCUGGAUAUCGUUGGGGAAUUCAUCAUAGUCUUGGUUCAUGCUCUGGCUCAUAUUAAAACAGGUGACAUGAGAGAUGACACCUCAGCCAGUUUCAACCGCAAUUUCCACCAAGCUCUCUCAGUAAUCUGCAACGACUUGUUCUUCGCUCGCUACCGUCACAACGCCACCCUUCCAUCAGUCCCUGAGCCUGGAUCCAGUGAAGGAGGCCACAAGGUCCUGGAGGCCUUGAUGGGUUCAGUGGAGACUGGGAGUGAGAAGGACGAGACGGUAGAGAAGUUACUGGAUGUGAAGCUGCUGAGAGGAACGGAUGAAGAUGGUGUUCGCUUCACUAAUGACAGACUCCAAGAAAGAUUAUCCAAAUACAGCAGUUUUGCCGUCAGCGAUGCCAUGAAGAGCCUUCUGGGUUCAACAGACGGCAAAUCCCACCUCGCCAGGCAGCACGGCACAGACGAUGAGAUUGAGAAGCGUCUUGCGACUCUGAUGGGCACCCCAGCUCCGUCAGCGAGUAACGCACCAGAGGUGUUGGCUAAGAAGGCUCUGCUGGAGCUACCGGGUGAGCUGAGCGGGACAGCCAUGUGGCAGAGUGUCGCUGGAAGAAGUGGAGUACGGAACCAAGCUGAGAGGAGAUCAAUGAAGGCAGCCACUGGUCCAGAUCAACAGAAAAAUACCCUCCAGGCUGAGGUGAAGAUACAAGAAGACAAGGUAGAUAGGAUGAGUGAGGAGUUCUCUGAUCUUAACAUGGAGUCUGUCAAGCUUCAUGACAGCAUCAAUGAAAUGGCACAGGAGCUACAGUCACAGAAACAACUAAUGGAGGGACAAUUUGAUGAAUCUGAGCCGGCCUUAAUCCGAGCCACUACAGCCAAACUGAGUGACGCUAAGGACAAACUGACGAGUCUGACUGUCCAACGAGAAAACAUAUCAACGAGACUCAGCGCUCAUCGGAGCCAACUGGAAGAGAAACAACAACAGCUUCAGUCCUACGUCCGCAAGAGCGGAAAGAAAUAAAUGAACCAUAUCCCCCACAAGAAUAAAUUACAAAUUAUAACAUUCUAAUGCACUUCGAAGUGUGACAUGAGAUGCUUGUGCUAGGCAGUUUGUUGCUUUGGUGAGCUGAGCCUUGUGUCUUAUGCGUUAACAACGCGGGCGCUGUUAGUCAAUUCCAAUGAUUAGUGCGGUUUUAAUGGAUUUAAUAGACUGGUUCACCCCGUUAUAAAAUAAAGAUAUUAAAGUAGUUUUUACGCAAACUUUCAAAGCUGAAAAUCUUUUUAUAGCUAUUUUUGUUACUCAGAGAUGCACAAUGGUUAAUUUUUAUGACAAUGUAAAAUAAACGAUGGUCAAAUUAUUCUUGUUUUCUUUGAUAAAAUAUAGACCUGAUUAUGACAUCGAUGAAAUAUUUUUGUAUUUUUGUAUUCAACAAUACUCUCCGUCCAAAAGAAAUUGAUAUUUUACAAUUUAUUGACGUCCGUCCGAUCAAAGAAAAAAGUGUAGCUUUGUCCAAUUGAAUGUUAACAACUGUUGUGUGUAUAUAGGUACAUGUACAUGUAGUUAAUAUUGUUCUCAGAAUUCUUUAUUGCAAUCUUAAUUCAUAAUUUAAUUAUACCGUCCAAGUUUUAUACAAAAUCUUAAAACAGUGUUGGUCGAAUUCUGCCGUCCGUAAUUUAUUGAGUAAUUUUUUUACUUGAACUUAGAGAUGAAUAGUUUUUCGAGAAUUAAAACUUUGUUUAGUAUUGGUUAUGUUGAUGUCGGUUUAGUAUAGAAGAGAUUUUAAUCUGUUCAAAGAGGUUUUUCUGAAGAGAAACAUGUGAUAUUUCUGCACUGUACCAUCCUCAGAAUUUAAAUUCAAAGCCGUGAAUUCAGAGCGUAGUACACAGUCAACCCUCUUACUAUCUGACCAAUUAAUUUUAUAAUAAGAUGUGAACUUGCAAUGAAUUACUUUACCUGUAGAUGUUUCUUAUUUAAAGUGCAGUCUAAAUAUAAUGUAAUUGUUAGAGUCUGAAUUAAUACUCGGGAUUUUAAGCUCAGAUUUGUUUUGUAAAUUUUUGGAAAUCAAGAUUGUACAGAAUUCUCUCAAAGUAUAUUUAUAUUAGAUCCGAAAGUCAAAAUCAGCGCAUCAAAUUUUGCUUAAUGGUUUAAUGUAAAGUUUUAUAGUAGUUUAAGAUUCUUUGUGUUUAUUAUGAAGUUGUUCAGUAGUGUGUCAGAAUGAGUGGUUUAGAGCAUUUGACUCAAGUUUUGAUGUCAGCAGAGUGUGGGUUCGAAUUCCGGUCAUGCGCUGGUGUUAUUGGGCAAGACACUCUACCAUAAUUGCUUCUCAUCACCCAGGAGUAAAUGGUUUAUACCUGUCAGGGCAGAGGUUGUUGAUGUGAAUAAUUAUCAUUUGUCUGCCGCUGCUGCAUACUCCAUAGGAGUUGAGAAGUUUAAAGCGCAGUACAUAAUGCCUAAUAUUAUCUAUCACAGUUCCAUUAACCAAUAUUUUUAAAG